UCACCAAUAUAUCCAAAUAUCAUCACCGGCCCAGACGUCAUUCACUCCUUUGAAUUGUGCUGGUAGCAGUAAGGUGUCAUCAUUUGAGAUGGUCACAGUAUCCAAUACACUGAAGUCACAGGACUCAAAUUUCAUACAUGUUCACAGGGUCUCUGCCAAAAUCUUUUGAGGAUUUUUCCUCUGCUAGAGCAUCCAUGGAUGCAAUUGAAACAACCCAGGACAUCCCAACACAUAUGGACAAUCAGGCCAUGGCCUACAGUAUGUACAAAAGUUGCCAUACUUUUAAAGCAGUAACUUGCGUGCCUCCAAAUGGUGCACUUACAUUUUGCUCCAUGCUGUACCCAGGUUCUACUUCUGAUGUAGCUAUUGUACGUCACAGCCAAGUUUUACGAAAGUUCAAAGCUGGAGACCUUAUUUUGGCGGUCAAAGGUUUCACCAUUCAUGACCAGUUGCCCCUGGGUGUCUGCUUAAUUAUAAAAGCUCUUUUAUCGACACGAGGCCAGUUUACCAAACAAGAAGCAGCACUGUGUUACAAGAUUGCUAAAGCACUUUUUCAUGUGGAAAGAGCCAACGAGAGGAUAAAGAAUUACGAGAUUCUCCUUCACAUCCCAUCUACUUACAGACCAAUCUCAACAAAAAUAUUUCAACUCUGUUCUUGUCUUGUAAACUUGCAAGCUCCACUUUUGAAAGAAAUUACUUAAAGAUACAUGUACUUAUUAUAAAUUUGCAUUGGCGUGUGACAGUAUACACUAAACAGUAAAGAUAUUCAUACCAAAGUGCAAGGGAUAAGCAAAUUUUUAUUUGUUAUCAAUGUCAAUGGUUAUAUUUGUUAACUUUGUAGUAUGUUGUAAUACAUGUACUUCAGAAAAUGAAAAUCCCUUUUGUUAGCAUGGAUUUAUUACAAGAAUGUUUGGCAAUUUCAUUCUUCAUUUGACAAUAUAAUUUGGAAGAGGGUUUACUUAUAAUUUUAAAUCUCUAGUUUCAAGUAUAUUUAACUUUAAAGCACAACUCAACAAAUUCAUGUUUUCAACAAUUUAUCUAUUAAGAAAGACAAAAAUGUUACAUUUUCACUUUGAGAAUAACAUCUUCAAUUCAUUAAUAAAAUGAUUCUAAAUUUU